AUGCUCUGGGUCCGCGGCAGCGUCCUGCGCUGGGGCUUGGAGUUCACCGUCCGCCGCGCCCGUCAAACUGUCCCGAGUUGGCCGGGAUGGGGUCCCCGGGCCGCGAGUCACCCCUGUAGCUCCAGUAGCCAGAACCCCAGAGGUUCUGAGCCCCCAGAGAAGGUUCACAGGAUCCCCGCCCAGUACAAGCCUUCGCAAUUCGACAAGAAAAUCCUGCUGUGGACCGGGCGUUUCAAAUCCAUAGAUGAGAUCCCGCCCCUAGUACCGCCUGAAAUGAUAGAUGUUGCCAGGAACAAAGCUAGAGUGAAAACUUGUUACAUAAUGAUCGGGCUCACAAUCGUUGCCUGCUUUGCUGUGAUUGUAUCUGCCAAAAGGGCUGUAGAACGACAUGAGUCCUUAACAAGUUGGAAUCUGGCAAAGAAAGCCAAGUGGCGUGAAGAAGCUGCACUGGCUGCACAGGCUAAGGCUAAAUGAUGCUAAAGUGUCAAAGUACUCACUCAGAAGCCAUUACUAUUAUUAGCAAUAAUAAAAGAUUGAUAAAAUAUUUGCUAUGGUUUUAUUUUGGUAACAAAAACACUAAAAUCUUCUUAAUGUUGUAGUAAACAUUU